AUGCUGGUAUCCUUUAUCCUCUCCGCUGUCAACGUCUGUAUAGCCAUCAUCGUAAUCAAUAUAUGCCGUCAACUCCUUUCACUCAAUAGGUCCCAACCUCCCGUCGUCUGGCAUUGGAUACCUUUCCUUGGCUCUACAAUAUCUUAUGGAAAAGACCCAGUUGGAUUCUUCCGUACCUGCAGGGAACGGUAUGGAAAUUGCUUCACCUUCAUUCUUCUGGGGAAGCGUAUCACAGUUGCCCUUGGUGAGCGAGGGAAUGACUUCGUACUUGGCGGAAAGCACACCACAUUCGUGGCAGAGGAUUUUUAUGCUCCAUUGACAACACCUGUAUUCGGUACUGGCGUCAUCUACGACUGCCCAAACGACAAGCUCAUGGAGCAAAAGAAGUUUUUCAAAGCUUCCUUCACCGCUCAAAAGCUCGCGUCUUACGUCCAUACGAUUGCGGAUGAGGUCAAAGGGUACAUCACGGCCGAACUACCAUCAAGCGGUAGUGCUUGCCAUGAAUGGCUCACGCUCUCUGUUCCCAAGACCUUCUCAGAGAUCACUCUUCUUACGGCAUCACAUAGCCUGCAAGGGGUCCGAGUCCGAGAUAGCCUGACAAAGGACUACGCGCAAACUCUCGUGGACCUCGACCAUGGAUUUACCCCGUUACACUGGAUCAUUCCGGGCUUACCCCUUCCCAGCUACUGGAGGAGAGAUGCGGCACAUGCCAGAAUGAGCAGGUUUUACCAACAGCUCAUACACGAACGUCGCUCACACGGCAAUCUGGAGGACCAUCAAGAUAUCAUCACAGAUCUCAUGCAGCAGCAGUACCGCGAUGGCACAUGUGUUCCUGAUCAGGAGAUUGCCCAUCUCAUGAUAGCGGUUCUCAUGGCUGGACAACAUACAAGCGCGUCUUCGCUGUCCUGGUCUAUGCUACAUAUAGCACAGUGUCUCGAUAUCCAGGAGGCACUAUAUCAGGAGCAAGUAGAACAUUGUGGCGGGUCGGAGGGAUUUCUCGGUGCCCUACGUUAUGAGGAUCUCCGUAAGCUGACAGUGUUAGAUUCGGUGAUCCGCGAGACCCUCCGCCUCCAUCCUCCUAUUCAUAGCAUCAUGAGGAAAGCGCGUUCCAGCAUCCCAGUCCCUGCGACCCUUGCUUCCCCGUCAAUAGCAACCUUGGAUUCCACAGCCACCGCCUUCGUUGUUCCCAAGGGAGAUAUUGUUCUGGCAUCACCGAUGGUCAGCCAGCUAGACCCAACUAUUUGGGUAGAUCCCGAGCGAUGGGACCCAUACAGGUGGCACGACGAGGAAGGAAUGGCCUCUGCAGCCAGGAAAAAGUACGACGAGACUGACAAGAUCGACUUCGGCUUCGGGCUAGUUAGCAAGGGCACUUCGUCCCCGUACUUACCAUUCGGCGCUGGGAAACAUCGCUGCAUUGGCGAACAGUUUGCUUACCUACAGAUAGGUACAAUCAUCGCUACUCUCCUGCGACACAUGGAGUUCCGUCUGGAGGGAGCCUUCCCCAAACCGGACUUUACGUCCAUGAUGGUGGUCCCAAUGACAUGUUCCUUGAUGUACCGUCUACGAAGAACAACCUGA